AUGGACGACCCGCCGUGGUAUAAAGCGCAGCGCGCGCGGAAAUUGACGUUGGACGAACACAAAGAGGUGUGGACGAAGGCGUGGGAGAUGUACAAACAGAGCUGGGUGAACGUGUUUCGAAGAGACGAAGGAGAGGAAGAAGAGGCGACGUCGACGCGAGACGAGUCAGAGGACGCGAGACGAAGCGCGGUGCGCGAAACGUCGACGACGAUAAAAAGUGAUGACAAAGACUCGAACGAAGGGCGAUUACUCGCCGAUGAGGCGAAGCAGACGCUACGAGCGGGAAAAGCUGGAUUUAAACCUUUCGUGACAUACUUGUACGAGACCAGAGGGCGGGCGUACAGAGACGGCGUUCGCGAGUUCAUUAAGGCGUAUAGAGAAGGGUUUCGAGAAGCGAGCGAAGAAUUAGAGACGGGCGAGAGCUUUUCUAGAAAGGCCGCGUCGCUGAUUUCGAAGGCGGAGGACGUGUUAGAAAAGGCAGAGAAGACUGAGACGGACAAAAUUGACGACGAUGGCGCGGAUGAAAAGUCGUCGUCGGCUGUAAAGUAG